UCAAUUUGUUCAAAACAAAACAAAAGUAAAUCUUUGAUUGUGAUCAAUUGUUUGUGAUUUAAUUUGUUUACUCUUUUUAAUUUGUUCUUCUUGUGUUUAAAUUGGUUGAUUAUCAAUCAUGGUUGAUAUUUUAAUGACAUUUACUGUUAACCUUGAAAGUGAAAUGGAACAAUUGGAACAGAAAGAAUUGGAAAUGAAAGAAAUUGAAUCAGCUGAUUAUGAGAAAUUACUUGUUAUUUAUUUGGCACAAAAUGAUUUAAUUAAUGCCAAAUUUUUAUGGAAAAGGAUACCGGUCACAAUUAAGGAGAAAUCUGAUUGUUUAAAGUUAAUCUGGGAAGUUGGUAAAUGUUUGAUGACCAAUGAUUUCGCUGGUGUUUAUGGUAAAAUAGAUGGACAAACAUGGCCAAUUCAUGUGUCUCCAAUCAUGGAACAAUUAAGAAAAGAUCAUCAAUCGAGAUUAAUUCAGUUGAUUAGCAAAGGUUAUACGAAGAUCAGUUUGGAAGAUGUGAUUAAAACUACUGGUUGUUCUUCUCAAGAAGAGAUGAUCAAAUUGGGCCAAUCGGUUGGUUGGAAGACUGAUGUUCCUUUCGGAUUUACCAUCGAUAAAAAUGUUACCAUUGAUGAAGAGAAUAGUUUCUCAUCUAAUCAAGAACAAUUGGAAAAACUCACUGAUUAUGUUUCUUUUCUUGAGAAUUAACACUCAAUAUCAUCACCCAAUCAGUGUAUUCUUAUCAUUUCUAUCUCCGUUAUACUAAAUAUAAGAUUUCAAUUUACUUAUAAAUAGGAAUAAAAGAAAAUCUAAUGAUAACAAAUAAUAAAAGUUCUGAAAAUUUUUCCUUCUCAUUCCUUACAAUACAAUCAACUCCAAACGAACAAUUAAUACUCGAUAAUCUAAAUGAUAAACUGAUCGAAAGGAGCUCAUAUGAAUUACUAUAUUAUUUAAAUGAUAAAGAAAUAAACGAAAUUCAUAAAUGUUA